AUGUUCAAAUUAGAAUUAGACAGUAAAUCAUCUACAACAGACCAUGCAGAAAUCGUAGAAAAAAUAGCCGAAACAUUCCAGUUAACAUCCUCAAAAUCUAUUUAUGAUAAAGAUUUCCUAACAUAUAAAGAACAAAAAGAAAGUAUUCCUAUCAACAUAUAUUUUGUCCAUAUACAAUUUAUUUAUCUAUUAUCUGUCUACAUCUUGCAAUUACAUUUGCAGGAUUUUCUUAAUAUUUUGUCGAAAGUGUCAAGAGGUACCGUCAACGAGAAAAUCCAGUGGGUCUUUAAUCUGUACGAUUUAAACGGAGAUGGCCUCAUUAGCAAAAACGAAAUGGUUGAUGUAGUUACCAGUAUUUACGAAAUGCUUGGAAGAGCCACACAACCAGCAGUAGAAGAUUCUUCUGCCAAGGAACACGUAGAAAAAAUAUUUAACAUGAUUGACACGAACAAGGACGGAGUAAUAACAAUAGAUGAAUUAAUACAGUGGUGUUCCAGAGAUGAACAUUUCCUUAGGUCUUUAGAAACUUUAGAUACUGUAUUGUGAUUAUUUAUACAUAUAUCUGUAAUUCCCUUCGUACCAAUACAAAUUUUUACAGGUUUAGAGAUUACUAAAGUUUUGUAUUUUAUAGUAUAUUAGGAACGAAUUUUCCAAAAUAUGUAUGAGGAAUAACACAGGCCAACAAAAAAAAGAUUUAUAAAACUUUUCUUACAAAAUGUGAAUCCUCUGAAAUUAGAUUUUACGUAUCAGCCACAGU